CCUACCUCUCUCUCUUCUGCUCUCUCCCUCGCUUACACACACCCUCAAGCAGAAGCAGCAGAGCUGUGUGGGUGUGAGGCAGCAUGAGAAGUGAUAUCUGUACUUCCUCACAUACAGCUGACUGAUGGACUAACUUAAUCCCAAAUUACACACGCAGAUAAACAGACGCUCCUACUGUACACAUACUCAUUAACAUACCUUAUCAGGCACGCUGAAAAAAAAAACAAACAAAACACACACACACAUAAAUACACAAGCAAGCACUCUCAACCAGAAGUCAACAUGGGUCUUGUGAUGGGAACCUUUUCAAUGCAAUCCAAGCAAGUGAGCUACCACAAAGACAAAGCGGACGAUGACUUGGAGAUGACCAUGGUGUGCCAUCGGCCGGAGGGCCUCGACCAGCUGGAGGCUCAAACCAACUUCAGCAAAAGAGAGCUUCAAGUUCUUUAUCGAGGUUUCAAGAAUGAGUGUCCAAGUGGGGUUGUUAAUGAAGAUACCUUCAAGCAAAUAUACUCCCAGUUUUUUCCACAUGGAGAUGCCAGCACUUACGCACACUUCCUGUUUAAUGCAUUUGACACAGGACAUACAGGAUCCAUAAAAUUUGAGGACUUUGUAACCGCUCUGUCCAUCCUGCUGAGGGGAUCCAUCACGGAGAAGCUCCAGUGGACCUUUAACCUCUACGACAUCAACAGAGAUGGAUACAUCAACAAAGAGGAGAUGACGGACAUCGUCAGAGCAAUAUAUGAUAUGAUGGGCAAAUACACGUACCCUGUGCUAAAGACGGAUGCUCCCAAGCAGCAUGUGGAUGCCUUUUUUCAGAAAAUGGACAAAAACAGAGACGGCGUGGUUACUCUCGAUGAAUUCAUUCUUUCCUGUCAAGAGGAUGAAAACAUCAUGAGAUCUCUACAGCUCUUUGAAAAUGUCAUCUAGACAACAAAAGUGGCGGAGAUGUUGCAUCUGACAAAAGCACAGCACAAUGAAAGACAAAGAAGAA